AUGGCUAAUCUCGAUAUCCCCGCCAACUACACCCUUCCGCCGGGCCCGGGAAGUCUGCACCUGACCAUCAACCAUGAUGUUGCCGCCGACCUAGACUCGAGCAAUGCCUUCGAGGGCCCCGAAAAGCUCCUCGAGGUUUGGUUCUCGCCGAGCCCGAAUGCUCUGCCACCCAGCGCCAGAGAGAACGGUCUGAAGGCGGUUAGCCCUUCCACUUGGGAAGGGAUGCUAGAUCUCGUCAACUGCAAGGUCCUGUCCAUUGUCAAGUCUGACCAUGUCGACGCUUAUCUCCUUUCCGAGUCCAGCAUGUUCGUCUUCCCGCACAAACUCAUCCUCAAGACGUGCGGAACGACGACCCUGCUGCUGGGACUGCGCCGCCUCCUGCGCAUCGCUGCUGUGGAUGCCGGUUUUCCCUUCCACAACGCCGCCUCGCUUGACGACAUUCAUGUCGCCGCCACCCCGCACCGCGUCUUCUACAGUCGCAAGAACUUUCUCUUCCCCGACCGACAGCGCGGUCCCCAUUCGAGCUGGAAGGAGGAAGUCAAGUUCCUAGACGAUACGUUCGAGAACGGCAGUGCGUACAUGGUCGGACGGAUGAAUGCCGAUCAUUGGUACCUCUACAUGACGUCGCCUUCUGGCACGACUCUGACGCCACCUCUGACCCCUCGUUCCAGCAACCAUGGCAGUCCCGUCCGCAACUCCAAGAUCCCGACUGGCAUAGUGUCGCCUUUCGGCGGAGCUGUCGAUGACACCGCGGAUGAAACCCUUGAGGUUCUGAUGAUGGAUCUUGACCCCGAGCUUGCAAAGCAGUUCUACCUGGAACAGGCGAGUGCGGUCGCCAGUGAACGGGUGCCUGCCCAGGCUCAGGAAGCUCGUCGUGCCGCCCAAGACAGCCUGGGAGACAUCGAUUCGACUGUUGAUGUCUUCGCCAAUUGCGGAGAGUCUGAUCUCUCGGGCAAUCAGGGUACCGAUGCUGAGAUGACCAGUACCGAAGCAUUGACUACCGAAGGGCAUGCGCUUGGCACGGUUGUUUCCGAGACCUGCGGCCUCGCCCAAGUGUACCCUACCUCGGCCUACCCGGAUGCGCGCAUCGACGCCUAUCUUUUCUCGCCGUGCGGCUACUCUGCCAACGGCGUCGUUCCCGCCCCGGCCUCUGGCGCAGACGAAAAGACCAAGCCUGCGCAUUACUGGACCGUCCAUGUCACGCCGGAGCCCAUCUGCUCGUAUGCCUCGUUCGAGACCAACGUUCCGAGCGGCCAGAAUGGGCGUCAGACCUCAGACAUCAUCGAGCAUGUUGUCAACAUCUUUAAACCCGGCCGGUUUACUGUGACCUUUUUCGAGGCCAAGAACAAGCAAGCUGAUGGCGAUGCUGACCUUCAAACUGCUCGCGGAGCAGGCGCCCACAAGCGCAUGGACGGUGUCAAGGGUUAUCGUCGCAUGGAUCGUAUUGUCCACGAGUUUGACGACUACUUUCUCGUUUUCCGUUAUUUUGAGCGCGAGGGAUGGGCUGGCGACAAGCGCGCCAGAUCCGGCGCUCGCGCCGCUGUCGCGGUAGCCAUCUAUGGCGGCGGCGGUGGCAACAACACAUCACACCUCAACGUCGACAUAUUUGCCUGCGCUACCAUCUCCGUUUUCAGGUGUCUCAUCAUCGCCGUCAUCCAACUCGCCUCUCGCCCUUUCACCCUUCCUUGGAUAUCUCCUCCGUCUUUCGAAGAAGAGACGUCCACAGAGACAGGGAGUUCCACAAUUUGGCGAAAAGACGGCCGCGCUAAGCACCGCGGGCAGCAGCGCCGUCAGCAGCGACAGGAGCACGGACGGAACACUCCCCGGCUCCCCAUCGCCUACCGCCCAACGCUCCAAGGCUUCCACACCCUCCACGCCUGGUUCGUCCGCUGCGUCAUCUUCUUCCAAGGUGCUGCUCAGCGGAACAACGAGCCGAACCACCUCCACUACCCGCUCCCGACAUUGGAAACGGGAUCCGCACAACGAGGGAUAUCAUUCAGCUGCCCCCUCCGCCCUCGCCGGAACUACAACGCCACACAUCGGCUGGCCUGA